UCCGACGUCUGUUGCAUUGAUUGAACCUUUGUUUUCUGAAUCGCCUCCACCUUCUGUUCUAACCCAGAGGGAGAAGGAAGCAUUUAAAGGAUUAAUGAUUAAUGCAAAAGAGGGUGAUUAAGAAACAAUUUGUGCUGUGAAGGGUGUUAAGCACUUGCGCCCAGGAGAAAGAAGUAGCAUUUUGUAUCAUUAAUCUGAUAGCAUGUUCCGCUGCCACCUCCUUAAGUUGAAAUUGAAGCUCACUACCAUAUCAAUUGCUAGUGCAACAACAUGUUCCUUAUGCACCACAUCAUCGUAUGUUGUCACUCCCCCCAUCAAGCCAUGGCCCCAGCGCCUUUACCCUAAGCGCUUGGUCUCCAUUAUUACCUGCCAACAGAACCUUGACCUUGCUCUCCAGAUCUUCCAUUAUGCUGGUGACUUUCAUCCUGGUUUUUCUCACAACUACGAAACCUAUCAUGCCAUCAUCCGUCGCUUAUCUCGCGCCAAUGUUUUUCCAGCUGUUGAGUCCCUUCUUUCUGACCUUCGUAAAUCCCGCCUUAAAUGUGGUGAAGACCUCUUCAUUACUGUCAUUCGCAGUUAUGGACUUGCCAGUCGCCCCAAAUGUUCACUAAAAACCUUCUUGCGGAUCCAUGACUUUGGUGUCCAACGCUCAGUGAGAUCCUUGAACUGUUUGUUGAAUGCUUUGGUUCAAAACAGACGUUAUGAUUUGGUCCGCUGGGUGUUUGAGAAUUCCAAGAAUAAGUUUGAAGUGGUGCCCAAUGUGUUUACUUGUAACAUUUUGGUCAAAGCACUAUGCCACAAGAAUGAUUUGGAGAGUGCGCUUAAGGUUUUGGAUGAAAUGCCCAGCUUGGGUUUGGUCCCUAACGUGGUCACUUAUACUACCAUUAUAGGUGGUUAUGCUAUGCGAGGUGAUAUGGUUGGUGCAAAGAGGACUUUUAUUGAGAUUUUGGAUAGAGGGUGGCUGCCUGAUGCCACUACAUAUACCAUUUUGAUGGACGGGUAUGCUAAACAAGGGAGAUUAGCUGAUGCUAUUAAGGUAAUGGAUGAGAUGGAUGAGAAUGGAGUUCAUCCAAAUGAAGUAACUUACGGGGUUAUGAUCAGAGCUUAUUGUAAAGAAAACAAGUCUGGUGAAGCACUAAAUUUGAUUGGGGAUAUGCUUAAUGGAAAUUUCAUACCAAGCUCGUCGCUAUGUUGCAAGGUGAUUGAUGUAUUGUGUCAACAAGGGAAGGUGGAGGAUGCUUGUGAGCUGUGGAAGAAACUUUUAAAGAACAAUUGUACUCCAGACAAUGCUGUCUCUAGUACGCUCAUAUAUUGGCUUUGUAAGGAAGGAAAGAUAUGGGAAGCCAGGAAGUUAUUUGAUCAAUUCGAGAGGGGUUUAAUUCCAAGUAUGUUGACUUACAACACGCUUAUUGCUGGAAUGUGUGAGCAGGGAGAAUUGUACGAAGCUGGGAGAUUGUGGGAUGACAUGGUGGAGAAAGGUUGUGCUCCUAAUGCAUUUACCUAUAAUAUGCUGAUAAAAGGAUUUUGUAAUAUUGGAAAGGCAGGGGAAGGGAUUAGAAUUUUGGAGGAAAUGUUGCAUAAAAAAUGUUCGCCUAAUAAGUCGACUUAUGCUAUGUUGAUUGAUGGGCUCCAUUGUGGAAAGGAAGAAGUCGCGAAGGUUUUUUCAUUGGCAUUGGCAAGUGGAAACAUUGACAAUGAUUGCUGGGAUCUUUUCUUUGCCAAGAUGGUUGGAAAUUUGGAUACUGGAGUAACUGUUCUCGACAAGAUUUUGUCAGAUUGUUGAUUAAGAGGUUGCUUUAAAUGUAUAGGAGAAUUCUCCAAUAGGGGUGCCUAAAACAACCCUAUGCAUAAGGGUGUUUUUUUUGACAAAUAUAAUCUUACCACAUCACAAAUGUGUUGGUGUGUUUGUUGAGCAUGAGUGCAGCGAACGCUUUUAUUUUUAUUUAUUUUUUACUGGACAUGAAGGGAGAGACCCAAGCCAUUCCCAUGGCUUUACCUCAUCAUGUUUCUUCAUCAUUUCCCUGCCUGACUAAGCUUCCAUGCCAAGCCGAGUUCUUUGAUCAUCUUAAGUGGUUCAGUGGUUGAGAAAGAAAGAAUCGCAGAGUAGAGAAGAAGCACGGUUGGGGGCUGUGAAGAUUGCAUCUUAAGCAACAAAUGGAUCAAAAGGGGCUGUGUCUAGUUGAGAGCUCAGCUAUAUAUCUCUUCUACUCUCUUUCUUUGUCCCAGCAAACUACCCUAUCAUUCCCCAAAAUAGAAAAGGAAUGGAAGAACUAUUAAAAUUGUAGCCCUGAUUUGAACUGUCCAUCUUUGUUGUUAUUGCAUGGUAAUUAGAAUGUGGAAUUUAUCAGCACCCAAUAUAGGCUCAAAAUUCAUGUAUAAUAAUGUUUACUAUAGUAGAAUGUUGCCAAGAAUGUUUUCUUGAUCCUUUUUUGUCUGGAUCUAGAAAAAGCCAUUUUGUCCAACAAACUACCAACUAGAUCUAAUAUGUUCUUUAAAAUGGAACCCUUAAAGAAAAAAAAAGGCAUAUACUACAUAAUUCAUAUUUGGUAUUUAUUAUUA